AUGAGCCUAGGAGGAAGAAAACCCGCAGAAUUUUGGCAAAUUCGAGCCCGGUAUCGAGCGAUACAAAUUGAGGAACAAAAAAAAGGAAAACGAAAACAUACAUCAGAAUUAGAUCCUCAAGAAGUAGAAAAAAGAAGAAGAAGAUGGCCCUGGAUUCAAAUUCAGAUCGAUCUAAGAAAAAAAAUUAAAAGGCCGAAGAUUAGGUAUGGACUUUCUGAGGACGAAGGGAAACCACUGAAACGGACAACAGGAAAGAAGAUGAGUUACCUUGAGGUUGCAGGUUCCGAUACUGAAGAGGUGGUCAUAGCCAGAAGCAGGAAGCUGGUAAGUGAAGAGGAAGAAGAAUUUGUACCUGAAAAAGAAGAAGUGGGGGGAGAUGAGAAAAAUGAACAUGAGGAAGUUGAGCCUGCAGAAGAAGUCCAAGAAGUUUAA